UGCUUAAUGUACCUGUAUUUUUAAUUGUACUGAGGCAACUGUUUCCCAAAGUCUCUUAAAACACUCAGGAAUAGUCAGGAAUAGUAUCGUAUGGUACCAACCGUCCGGUAGAAUGGGUAGAUCAAAAUAGAAAGUAAAGAACGAAUACUGUUGCAAAUACCGCUUCGACCUCGAAAACAACAAUUUACUGAAAGAGAACAAAACAGAAUUCGAGGACUUAAAUUGCGGACUUGAAAUAGUUUCAACAAAUCCUAACCUAUUUUGAUGCAAUCCCCGAUGUUGAAUUUUGUCAACGGUGUUUUUAAGAUGAACACCACCGACAAAGUCCUAUGGGCUCUUGCGCUUUUCCCUAUCGCUGCUUUUCAUGUCACAGUUCGCGUUGAUAAUGAAAAACCUGCCAUGGGGCACAUGGCAGGGGCUGUGAUGGUUGUCGCUGCUCUGCUACUGAGGCUGAAAAAAUACCUAAUGGAAAGAAAGGCUGCCAGAGAUCCCGUCCCGGGCUUCCCGUCCGCGAAAGGUGCACACUGGCUAUGUGGUCACACUAUCAUGAUACGCUCUAGCGAGCUCAAUGGUAAAAUGUGUCUCGCGGGUCAAAAGGAGGUUUACAUGGACUCGGCAGAUCCCGAAACGGGUGUUUCGAGUCUUUGGCUUUUCCAUAUACCGUCUGUGAGUGUCUUACAGUCCAAAGACGUAAAAAAAAUCCUUCGCUCCAGCUCGUAUCGAAAGUCCAACGGUCUAGUCGAUGCACACAUAAAGAACCUCUUGGGCCGGCGAAAUCUAAUUUCUUUGACAGGGACAGAAUGGCGUACGUUUCGAAACGCCGUUCACAAAUGCUUUACGCAGACUGCUGUAAAGCAAUCCCAGGAAACCAUGCACGAAGUUGGAAACGCCAUGGCAGAAUCGCUCCUAAAAGAAAUAAGAAUGCAAGAGAAGGACAACGAUUUAUUUCAACCUACAGUUCGAAAAGUGCUGCCACUCAUGAAAUGUGCCACUGUUGAUGUAUUUGGGCUGGCCAUCCUUGAUGGCUUUGACUUCAAGUGCAGCAAGCGACUGAAGCUAAAUCCCCUGGCGCACUCGUUUGAAUAUUUGUUGGCGGAGUUGGUCCGGCGUUUCCGGCGCCCGUGGGAUCCGACCUCCUUUUUGUACAACAUCCCGACCACCUCUAAUCGCGAAUACAAACGGCACAAAGAACACAUUCUAACUUUUAUUCGCGAGCAGGUGGCCCAAGCGCGUGCUCGGAUUGCUGAGGAAGAACAACUGUGCAGAAGUAGUACCAUCAACUAUAACCAUGCGAAUAGCAAAAGCAAAGAAGUCCAGAAGGAAACUACUAAACAGAAGCGAUCAUCUGAGCUGAUGACCAAUUUGAUAAAUGCUGCAACAAAUAUGAAAGCUAGCCACAAGAACAAUGAUUGUGGCUAUGAUGCAAUUGUAGAAGAAACUUUGGAGGAUGUUUACAUGAGUCUCUUAUUUGGUGCAUACGACACAUCAAGCAUAACGAUGACCUAUGCGCUGUAUCUUCUUGCCACACAUCCGCAUAUUCAAGAGAACUGUGUUGAAGAAAUCCUAACGGUACUGAAUAGGAGAAAUGAACCACACAUGAAUAACUCCGAGGAGAGUGGAAAUUGUGGUAUUAGUGCGAAAGAUCUUCCCUACACGAAGGCUGUAAUUAUGGAGUCCUUGAGAUUAUUCCCACCUGCAUAUACCACGAGGCGCAAUCUAGAAAAACCGCUGAAGCUACCAUCAAAUGGAAAGUUACUUCCAAAGGGUCAGAUGGUCAACAUAUCCAUUUGGAGCAUUCAUCGAUCCGAAAUCAACUUCCCGCGCCCAACAGACAUAAUUCCCGAAAGGUGGGUGCGGCGAAGAAAAAACAAAACAAAUUUGGCAAGUAAAGUUGACGGUGAUGAUGCUGCUGAUGAUGAUGAUGCUGAUGAUAAUGAUGCUGAUGAUAAUGAUGCUAGUAGCAAGUGCGUCAGUGCCUGGGAAGAGCGAGGACCAAAUGAUGACGAGGAGGCCAAUAUGAUAAUUGCACCCGCAAAUCAGGAUGCAUUUUUUGCCUUUGCCGUCGGCGCGCGUAACUGCGUUGGCAAAGUUUUUGCUAUGGAAGAAAGCGUUAUAAUACUGGCGUGUCUAUUAAAGAAACUAAAAUUUGAUCUCGUCUCGUCCGACUAUAUGGUGAGACCAGUCAUAUGUGGCUUUGUACAGCGGCCCGAUGAUGACAUGCCCAUGAGGAUACAAGAAAGACAUCAAUGAAUGGACUAUGGCGCCGAUCUGAUGGAAUAAAGUAUUGCACGAUAAUCAUUACAAUAAUUAUUGUAGUCAGAU